GCUGCAGGAUUGAGACCAAACUUUGCUGGAAGCCUGUACUUGUUUGAUGGAAGCUGUGGGAGCUCUCGAACGGUACAACUACGCCACCGAAAUAAACAGUGCGAUGUCUGUGGUGAUAAUCCGACUAUUACUGAAUUGAUAGAUUAUCAGGCAUUCUGUGGUUCAGGAGCCUGCGAUAAGGUGCAAAAUCUUUCUGUUCUGUCACCAAAUGAUCGAGUUAGUGUGACGGAUUACUCCAAUAUUCGGUCCUCCAGCCAUCCAGUACUCCUCGAUACUCGUCCUCCACAUGAAUUUGCCAUUGCUAGUUUCGAAGAAGCGAAAAAUAUAACCCUAGAUGAAGUCCGAUUACUCGACCCCGUAUCAAUUUGUGAGCGAUUAGGAAUGGCUAAUCUUUCAGUGUUCGUAAUAUGUCACCGUGGAAACGACUCUCAACUGGCUGUGGAAAUUCUGAAGAAAAAACUUCCAUCUUUCCGGAUUCGUGAUAUCCGUGGCGGUUAUGAAGCCUGGGCAAACGAAGUAGACAGGGAUUUCCCUCGAUACUAA